AUGCUGACAGUCGAAUGGUCUUUGACUUCAGGAUGGGAGAAACCUUAUAUUAGGCCUCUUGAGAACCUUUCAUUACAUCCAGCCUCAUCAUCUCUCCACUAUGCUGUGGAACUGUUUGAAGGAAUGAAGGCUUAUCGAGGAGUGGAUGGUAAAAUCCGCCUGUUCCGUCCAACGCUCAACAUGGACAGGAUGGUGCGGUCAGCGGCACGAGCAACACUGCCAUGUUUUGACAAGGAGGAGCUAUUAGAGUGCAUCCGGAAGCUUGUGGAAGUGGAAAAAGAGUGGGUCCCGCACUCUACGUCUGCAAGCCUGUAUAUCCGCCCUACUUUAAUUGGAACAGAGGUGGUCUUGUCUAGGGUUGCUGUGCAGCCUUCUCUUGGAGUCAAGAAGCCAACUAAAGCCCUGCUGUAUGUUAUACUGAGUCCUGUGGGCCCAUACUUUGCAAGCGGAAGCUUUAAUCCAAUAUCCUUAUGGGCAGAUCCCAAAUAUGUAAGAGCCUGGAAAGGAGGAACGGGGGACUGCAAAUUGGGAGGGAAUUAUGGUUCUUCCAUCUAUGCCCAGCGUGAAGCUAUGGAAUUAGGGUGUCAGCAGGUUCUGUGGCUGUAUGGAGAGGAUCAUCAAAUCACUGAAGUCGGAACAAUGAAUCUUUUCCUGUACUGGGAAAAUGAAGAUGGAGAAGAGGAACUGGCAACCCCACCGUUAGAUGGCAUCAUUCUUCCUGGAGUGACGAGGCAGAGCAUCUUGGAGCUGGCACGCAAGUGGGGAGAAUUUAAAGUGUCUGAGCGGUACAUCACCAUGAGUGAUCUGACAGCUGCCUUGGAGGAAAACAGAGUGAAGGAGAUGUUUGGUGCUGGGACAGCUUGUGUCGUAUGCCCUAUUUCUAAAAUAUUAUACAAAGGCAAGAAUUUGCACAUUCCAACUAUGGAGAAUGGACCUCAGUUAGCAACCCGCUUCCUGAAUCAGCUGACUGAUAUCCAAUACGGAAGAGAAGACAGCGAAUGGGCACUCCUGGUGUCAUGA